CCGUAUCAAGAGAGACCAACAAGCUAAGCAGAAAAACAAAAACCCACCAAAACCCACCAUGCUUUCCGUCUCAGUAACAAGGCCAUUGACAUUCAAAAUCUCUCCUCCAUCUCCAGCCUUCUCUCUCAGAACCCACAUGGAGUCUCCACCAAGAACCCACUUUACCCCUACUUCACAUUCUCCUCAAACAAACCCUGAUAUAAAAGACACUAGUGAUGGGUUUACCAUAACUUUACAGGAAUGGCAAGGAUGGGGUGCAGUAUCUCCACUACCUGCUAAAGUUGUGGAGAUUGUUAAGGAUUUGCAGCUUUUGGAGAAAUCGACUGAGGUCCAGAUGAGCUUUAGUGGGCAUCGUGGCAAACUAGAGGGGGAUUUUGGAAUGCAAGAGAACAAGAAACAUAGAGCAACAUAUCAGGCUUUAGGUGAUUCUGAGAAGAAGCUCCAGUUCUUUUCAGCUCGACAGAUAGCUUGUCGUUUGCUUGGAAGUAGAGGUUACCUCUGCCAGAAGUGCUGGCUUCCUCUAGAAGAAGAUUGUAUGUGUUCAAAAGUCAAGCCCAGCUCUCUAUGGCGUGGCAUAAGGUUUUGGUUGUAUAUGCAUCCAAAGGAUUUUCUACGACAAAACAACACUGGAAAGUUGUUAUGGCAAGUACUUGGUGUUGAAUCAGCUACUUUAUGCCUCUAUGGGAUUGCUGAAGAUGAAGAAAUAAUGUGGAAUGCAUGUAAGAUUGCAGGAAAGGACAAGGUUUGGUGCCUUUAUCCCAACAAGAAUGUAGCAACAAAAUCAGUGCAGGAUGCUGUUUGUCAGGAAAUUUCAGCAGAUCCAGAAUGCAACACAACCAUGACAAAUGAAUAUAAACCUUUAAAUUUCAUUUUGAUUGAUGGUACAUGGAGCAACUCUGCCGCAAUGUUCAACCGCUUAAAGGAGAAGACAAAGUCAGUAUGGGGAGUGGAGGAUCUUCCCUGCAUAUCCCUCUCUGCAGGUGUAUCUACAAUGCACAAACUUCGGCCCCAGCCAUCAUGGGAUCGUACCUGUACAGCUGCAGCAGCCAUUGGCCUGCUGUCCGAGCUACAAGUACUUCCACAGUUCAGCUCCUAUGGAUUGGAUAAACAGAAUGAAGCGCUGGAGAAUGCUGUAGAUGUUUUAUUAGAAGCACUAACUGCUCGACGUCUUAGGAUGGGCCGUUCCAUAACCCGAAGACUGAGGCACAGCAGCAACAUCUGUUAAGGCCAACCUAAAAUUGAUAUUAUUUAUCUGUGGGGAAAAUGUUAAAACUACUGAGUUCUGUUGUCAGUGCUGCUAUUAUUGACUGCUUUUAUGUCUCUCAAAAUGGAAUUCAUUCGUCACAAAAUUCAACUUUGGUUUUGUCUUCAGUGCCCAUUCAUCCUCCAGCAGCGUGCUCGAGCAUUCUCUUCAAGCAACAAUCUCCUUAACAUUAAGUUGUUCUUUUUGUUAUAGGUUACUGCGUUUCUCUUUUGGCCAUGAUGCAGGCUUGUGAGGUGCAUUUUGUAAUUUCUAAGCUGCACCACGUGGUUUUUCUCUUCAACCUCUCAUUGACUUUGCAAUUCAGAGAAUGAUGGGAUACUGGAUAAAUCUGAGAACACUGGUACUAAUUGAAGUCAUUUAGUAGCGUACUUUAUAAUCGGCUCCUAGUUCGGUAGUUCGUAUUAUGUCAAAUUGGAAGACUAUGGGAGAGGUGGAGGGCAUCAUUUGCAAUGUGCAGAAAUAGCUGCAACCAGAAAGCAUACAAUAAUGUAGUGGAUUUUCUUCCCUUGUGUACUUCUGAGAGUUGGUUCACUUUGAUUUGACGUUUUACACUGUAAUGGAUAACAGCAUCUUCUAACCCAUAUAUUGCAGCAAUUUUGGCUCCC